AUGGUCACCAUCGACCAUCUCUACUACCCUCACAUCAUUGAUGCCCUAUUCGCCUACAGUGGCCCAGCUUCUCUCGCCCCGAUGGCGAAAACAUGUCGCGCUUGGCGUCAACGAUGUCUUGACCGGUUCUACCAUAUCAGUGACCUCCGCAUCCUCAAGGCACCAAACAUCCGGCUGGCUACCUUAAGCGAUCUCCACGGGACACGAGUAUCUUUGAGCAGUCGCGAGUUAGCCCUUCUAGCCGGCUGCAGAGUCCUCGAUAUCACGUCUUAUCACGUGACAAUGCGCGUCUGGUACCUGCACAAUCUGCAGACGGUCCGGUAUCACCAAGGUUUGGUGGACUACCCGCCACUGCGGGCAGGACAACUCGUGUUCAAGAACGAGUUGCCACCCUUCAGGUACCGCAACACUGUCGCUGAACGUCUCGUCAUCUACUUCACCGGCCGGAUUGAGCAGCUUGCAUGGUAUAAUCGGGUGCUGCCAUACGUGCGGCAGCUCGUGUUCAUCUUUGAAGACAACGACUAUGACGAAGAAGACUGCCCCAGCACAGAAUCAAACAAUGACGGCCAAGAUGACAGCAAUCUCGACCACUCUAUGCCGGCACUGCGUGCCAUCAAGAGCAUCAUAGAGGAAGCACUGAAUCAACCCACAGCGGUCGUGCUGGUUGGCACUGAGCGGUGGAGCGUGGAAACAUUCGACGCUCUCCAAUUAGAUAUUGACAGAGUCUAUGAGCACUACGAUGAGCAUCUGCAUAUCCUCCGGCCCCUCACCCUUGCGACUCUGGGGACAUAUCGCAAGUUUGUCGGUGAGAGGGAGUGGUCAGUAAUGACGGACUGGACGAAGAUGCUUUGUCCGUAG